UCUGAAAGGAGCCUCAGGGAUUCAACUCGCCUCAGGAAACUGAUCAAAGAGCUCGACACUAUAAGGUGAGCAGAACCUGUUAAAUCAAAAUCUGCAUAUUAUAUCAUAGUCAAGAUCCAAAUUUAUGAUCAGUAGUACUGAGGCGUGAGUAUGAAUUGCUGUUAAAUUGAUGAAAAAUUAUCCGAUAACCAAAGGCAUUGCGUAAUGAUAUCUGUGUAAAUAUAUUGUCAAAUCUUAUCCAUAUAGUCUGGCAAUAGUAGAUGUUGAAAUCUGUGUUACAGUGAGGGAUUUGAUGACAUAUAUAUUGUCAAAUCUUAUCCAUAUAGCCUGGCACUAGUCGAUGUGGCGAUCGGCCAGGUGUAACAGUGAGGGAAUUUGAUGACAUAAUGAAUUGCGAAAUGUGAUAUAUUGUCAAAUCUUAUCCAUAUAGCCUGGCACUAGUCGAUGUGGCGAUCGGCCAGGUGUAACAGUGAGGGAAUUUGAUGACUUAGUGAAAUGAAAUGUGUAUGUGAUGAUGAAAUGUUUUGUUAAUUGAUAGAGAAGUGUAACCAAGACUGGGACUAGUGGAGUCGGCAUCCCACUAGGAGAAUCAGUUAAUAAGUUUAAAAAAUUGGACUAGGAGUGAAGGAAUUAAACCUGAUCUCUCCAGAUUAAUGUCACUGAUUGACCGUUUCAUGAGACCGAGUAAUACUGACCACUGAUUCUAAAUUUGACCGCCGAGUCAAAAGUGGGGCGGGGUGGUGCGGCCGCCGUGCUGUGUAACGAAUUGAUUUUUGUCCCCUUUGUGCUGUUGGUGUUGCCUAGAAUUAAUUCGACAAAUAUUAUAGAAGAUAUCUGAAUGCAUUGUCAUUGACCCAAAAGUAGGCGUUAGGGACACUAACAUUUGGCCAGGCAGUAGAAAUGUGUGAAGUUGUAAAAUUACUCUAAUAAACUACCCUAGACGCAUAAUUAUCUCGCGAAUAUCCCUUUUCGAUAUUAUAGUAUAGUAAUUCUACAAAACUCUUUGUGCACGAGGGUGAGGCACAGGAGAUAAGUCUGUGUUGGCACCAGGAAUACAUCGCUAGGAAUACAUCAUAGUGCAUCGUCAAUAUGGCCUCAAUUACCGUUCCCAAACUCAAAUUCAACAAAUACUUAGAUCAGAGAAUACAGGAAAGGGCAGGAGGAAAACAGGAGUAUAAAUAAAAAAUAAAGAUAUGGGGGGGAAUUAGACUGAGAUGGACACAGGCAGGUUACAUUAGUGGAGUUGCCCCGUCAAGGGAGCAACUCAGCACUAUGGAGAGAGAAUUAGAGGAAGCAAUAAAACACAGUAAAGUGAGUGAGGCAGAAAGGAACAAGAGCCAUUUAUUCAAGAAGGAAGGAACAAAAGAGAGGGAGAGAGCGGAGGCUGAGCUGAGAAUAGGCACCUGGGCAACAGAGGAGACAAAAAGGGCACGCCCACACAAGAAACCUGAUAUGAUGGGGGUGCUUGCUGGGGCCUCAGCUGACGUCACAGAAGGCACAAUCAACAACCACAACACACCACCGCCCACCGGGACCACCCCAUCGGCCCCGCUCUCUCUAUACCCGCCACUGCCACAGGAAGAGAAAACUACAGCGCCACCUCCCUAUUUACAAAAUCCAUUCACACACCUCCCACACAACCCGUUUAAAACCCACGCCACCCCAGUCGCCGUGCAGGCCCCGGUUUUUGUGGUGCAGGGAGGACAGCUAAAAGGGGACAUGACUGUGUGAAUUCAAGAAGGCCUCCUCGUUUGUGAAGAAAGGCCCGAUUGCUCAAGCCCCGCAGCACUACAAGGCCCAGGUGGGUCCCUGCCGAGCUACCCACAAAGAAGGGAAGGUGGAUCUCAACCGGGCCUCCCAAAGAGAGAAGGCCACGAUCUUAUUCAGUUCUCCUCUACUCCGAACACAGACUGGUACGGACGCAGAGAUAAAGAAGAUGAUCAAGGGUCGUGGGUGUCACAAGGAAAAUGUUCCGUCGGGGCUUCAUCAAGAGGUCACCACAGUGAAGAUGAUGCAAGCGAAAGGAGACCUGGACGAGAUGAGGAGGAAAUGGAACGGGACAUCCGGAACUCCAUAGCUCAAGCCAGAACUAUGAUAGACGAAGCUGAACGUGGAGGGGGCUCAUUCCAUGUGGAAGGGGUAAUGGUAGGAACAGUGACGGACCUGAUCGAACCUGUCAGACAGUCCGUAAAGGCUCUCAGAACUAAGAAGCAGGGGAGUCUCAUCCAGAGCAGACUGGGAUCCCCAACAUGGAGAGACAAGGAGGACAGGCCUCCAAAUGCCGUUAAGGCCCACUCCUGAUGGAGAAUACGAAAAGUACCAACCCUGGAAAAUGACAGACCUCACCACUUUAAUGGAACAGUUGCCCAGUCUACAUGGGGGUGCCUCGGCAUGGCUCCUCCAACUACAGACACUUACCUCUGGCCUACGCCUCUGCCUGGGAGACAUGAAGGCCCUGUUGGCUAGGGCUACAGACCAUACCACCAUGAUGGCUCUCAUGAGAGACGCAGAUCUGGCCACGGGCCCAGCUGCACUAGGUCUAGAACGAUUCCGAACUCAGCUAUGGGCUGAGUUGAGAAGAGCAUAUCCUACGGAAAGGAACCAUGCCACCCUUACCUCCUUUACCAUGGAACAUGGUGAACAACCCGCUGCCUACCUGGAUAGAGCAAAGACAACAUGGAGGUCGGUGCAUGAGGAGCCAUUCGAUCACACCGACACCACUCUAGCGAUGUGGAAAGAGAUGGUGGUAAAUGGAUGUCCUACUGAAGUGAAAGCACAGUUGAGGGGCACAGUGGGCCUCAUCUCCCUCCCUCUGACCCAGUUCAACACACACAUCCAUCAUCACGUUGCUCAACAUCACAAGGAUAAAGGGGGAGCUGAAUCCCAGGUGCAAAAGCUCCAGGUUGAGCUCUUGAAGUUGCAGCUGAAGGACGCGCAGAGGGGAGACAAACCAAAGAAACAGAUGGUGGCCGAGGCAACUACAGACAUUGUUGAUAUAGUCACUAAAACAGUCACCCAGAUGAUGCAGCAACAAACUGUCCAGCAGACCUCCACACCUGCUCCUGGCCCUGCGCACUUAACGCCAAUGCCAAUGGCACUACAAGGGGGACCACAGGUGGCAUUCCAGCCUCAAUGGAUUCCAGGACUGCCUAGAGGGGGAGUUUGCUACAACUGUAGGACACCCGGUCACUACUCCAGGGACUGCCCAUAUCCACUGUCUCAACCUCAGCACCCACCCAGGGGAGGAAGGCCCUUCUACGGUCCACCUAGAGGGAGGGGUGGCUACAGGCCAUCCCCUCAGCCACAACCACAGCCGCAAUCAAGAACUCAGAGUGAACAACCUGCAUACAACCACCCAGUGCCAUUUGCCUCCUACCCACCACAGCAGGCGCCGUUCCAGGGUAUGUCAGGAGAAUACCCCCCUUGGCAAUGAAGCUGCCCACCAUCACCACGAGAGAAGGAACUGACCUCUCGACGGCUGCCUCUCUCACCUCCCCUGACUACUCCAAGAGUUUCCAUUUGGAUGUUUCUGAAAAGGAGGGGUUCACGGUCUCUGUCCUUUUUCAGAAACAAGAGGGGGAGUGCAGGGUGCUGCUGUACCACUUCUCCAAGUUAGAUCACAUUGAAAUGGGCCAAGCAACAUGCUCCAGUUACGUUGCUGCAGUAGCAAAAGCUAUUGAAAAAACAGCUCACCUCGUGAUGUCACCUUUCAAUCAGGCAACAUCCUUCAACCAGCACCUGCCCAAUUAGCUGAAAUCAUCGGAUUGACGCAGGCCCUCAUCAGAGGAAAAGGAAAGACUGUGAAUAUCUAUACAGACUCAGCCUAUGCCCAUGGAGUAGUCCACACUGAUGGACCCAGAACUUUUACGAGAAGCACAUAGCCACACACACGAAGGCAAACUAAAGACCCUGCAAAGGGUCUCGCACAUCUGGUGGCACCCUCACAUAAAAAUAUGACUGACUUAUUUCAUGACAAUGAUUUAUUUUCUGACGAGUGCAGCAUUUGUGGUAGCUACAAUCCUAAGAAACCCUAUCAGACACCCAUGGGCUCAUACCCAGUACCCAAUGCAUGUUUUCAGGACAUUAGCAUAGAUUACACAGACAUGGGGGCGGAUAAUGUGAUUAAUGGGAAACGAUACCUAUUAGUGAUGGUGGAUAGGUUUUCCAACGGCGAGAGAGGAUGCGAAAUCAGUCAUUAAAUUUGGGUCUGUUUAUAGGCCACAAUCACAAGGUCUCGUGGAAACGCGCAGGUCAAACGCUUAAAAUUCAAAAUAGCUAAAAUAUGUGCCGGGGUCGAAGUUGAAAUGGGUCAAAGCCCUGCCCCUGACGUUGAUGGCCAUGGCACCCUCACCAGGGUCAGGGACCCAUCUCUCUCCUCAUGAGAUAAUGACUGGAAGAGUCAUGCCUGGCCCACCAAGGGAGGGAGGUCAUAUGCCCGCCCUUGAUAUGCAACAAAUUGUAAUGUCUGACUAUGUGAGAGAACUAACAAAACUUUCUGCAGCUCUCUCUGUUCAGAUUCGCAAGGUCCAGGAGAGAGAACUGCCGGAAGAUCCAGCACCACUGAAGGUAAAAAUUGGAGACUGAGUGAGGGUCAAAGUCCACAAGAGAAAGUGGCUGGAACCCAGGUGGGCUGGGCCGUACGAAGUGAAGGAGGUUACUUCACACUCAGUCCAGGUCAAAGGCCCAUCCCUCCCCCCCCUGGGUCAUCGAUGGCCAGCCGGCGUAUACGCUUGUGAAGCAGAGGAGACCCCGAGGAUUCCCUCCUGGACCGUCACCUAUCCCUGUCAUAGGGAACAUUAUGUCUCUAGCAACAGAACCGCACGUCUUUAUGAAGAAACAGAGUGAAAUCCAUGGGCAGAUUUUCAGUCUUGAUUUGGGAGGCUACUCAGCAGUGGUUCUGAAUGGAUAUGAUGCCAUCAGAGAAUGCCUGUACCACCAGGGUGAUGUCUUUUCUGACCGGCCAUCGCUGCCUUUAUUUAUGAAAAUGACAAAAAUGGGAGGACUUCUGAAUGCUAAAUUUGGCAAUGGAUGGAUUGAACAUCGUCAACUGGCCAGCAACUCCUUUCGUUACUUUGGCAGUUUUCAAAAGCCCCUCGACCAGAAGAUCCUGGAAGAGUGCAUGUUUUUUGUGGAUGCCAUCGACGAACACAAAGGGAAACCCUUUAACCCAAAGCACCUGGUGACCAAUGCUGUGUCCAACAUCACCAACCUCAUCAUCUUCGGCGAGCGUUUCACGUACGACAACUGUGACUUCCAGCACAUGAUUGAGAUCUUCAGUGAGAAUGUGGAGCUGGCCGUCAGUGGCUGGGCCUUCCUUUACAACGCCUUCCCAUGGAUCGAGUACCUCCCCUUCGGAAAGCACCAGAAGCUGUUCCGCAACGCAGCCAAGGUCUAUAACUUCCUGGAGCAGCUCAUCAGGCGCUUCUCGGAGGGCAGAGUGUGCAACUUCCCGCGCCACUACAUCGAUGACUACCUGAACAAGUUGGACAAGAGUGCUGGCGACUUGGGCACCCCGUAUUCCAGGGAGAACCUAAUCUACUCUGUGGGCGAGCUCAUCAUUGCGGGCACGGAGACCACCACCAACACCCUACGCUGGGCUAUGCUCUACAUGGCCCUCUACCCCAACAUUCAAGAGAAGGUGCAUACGGAGCUGGACAGUGUGCUGGGAAGUGAGAAGUCCCCCUCGCUGGCGGACAAAAAGAGGAUGCCCUAUGUGGAAGCGGUGCUACAUGAGGUCCUGCGCUUCUGUAACAUCGUGCCCCUGGGCAUCUUCCGCGCCACCACUCAGGACACACUGGUGAGCGGCUACAACAUCCCCAAAGGCACCAUGGUCAUCACCAACCUGUACUCUGUGCACUUUGAUGAGAAGUACUGGUGCGACCCUGGAACCUUCUCACCACAUCGCUUCCUGGACAGCAAUGGAAACUUUGUCCGACGGGAAGCUUUCCUACCCUUCUCUCUGGGGAAGCGUCACUGUUUGGGCGAGCAUCUGGCCAGGAUGGAGAUGUUCCUGUUCUUCACCACCAUGCUGCAGCGCUUCCACCUGCAGUUCCCCCCCGGCACAGUGCCAAGCCUCACCCCCAAACUGGGCAUGACACUGCAGCCGCUGCCUUACUCCAUCUGCGCCGUCCGCAGGCAGCAGUGACAGAUUCUCAGAAGGCACAGCCCGAAGGGGUGGGGGGGUUGGGGGUUUAGUCAGAACAGAACAGGGGUCUAGAGCUUGGACUCAUACCCUGUGUUUUACACAGAACUGCUAGAAUUCUAAACAUCAGCCGAUGGUUGUUUCUGAGAAAUUGCAUGUUUGCACUGCACCAUUUGCAAAAUCACAGGAUCACCAGAAAUGUUACUGGCGAGAUCCUGAAUUAUCAGGUGGAACUUCUCAGUAAGUUUAAUCGAGAAGAUAAGAAGUGUGAAUAUUUAAACAAUACAUGCAAACAUAUACUAUGAAUUAACCUUGAAUUAGAAUUUACUUUUUAUGUGUCCUUAUAAUCAAAUGUCUCAUCUUCCCUGCGGGAUUACAUCAAUGAUUGACAGGAUGGACCUCUAUGAUGGUUCACAGCCCUGUCUUCUCUCUCACAGCCUGCCUAGAUGAGAAAUGGGAACAUUACCCACUGGGCACACACUGGUUGAAUCAUUGUUGUUUCCAUGUCAUUUCAAUGAAAUUACAUUGAACCUACGUGGAAUAGACAUUGAAUUGAUGUCUGUUCCCAGUGGGUAGUUUCAGCUGUUUCUACAGCACAGUGAAACAAAGUAGACUAGCAGCCAGCUUUUCCUAGAAGGCUCUGGACAUGGUGUUUAGUCUGGAUCAGUGCCAUAUCAAGCAGUCUAAACUAACAAUGAACCCGAUCUCUAGGGAUUCUUCCAUGGAAAAGCCUUCUCUCAGAAAGCUACUGCAAUAUCUGUUGAAAAUGUCGUUUUGGUACUCCACUUACCUUUUUUACAAUGUUUAUGGUGUGCCUUUCCUAAGACAAAUUCAAGUUACAUAUGUUUUAUGCCGCUUGUUAUUUUUCUUCAACAUGCUGACAGUAUUUCUCUCAAUAGGUUAUAGGAAACAUUUCUGGAGAGAAAACAUAGACCUAUCUAAACUACAGUACAGGACUAGUCAGACAUGGACUUUUGCAGUGAGCCGGCAGAAUGUGUCCAGACUGGGUCAUCCAGGGAUACACAGACACUAUAAAUAAUCUUCAUGUGGUUGGAGCUGAGCCUGGGGGGGCGUCACCCAUUUCCUUAAGUGACCUCUCACUUCUAAGUGACCUCUCACUUCUACUCAAAAGACCAAAGGGCUAGAAAAAAACAUCCAAUGCUGUGUUGUGCAAACAUCAGACUUACUGGGUAAUAUUUCAUAUUGAUGUAAUGUCUCUGGCUAUUUUUGGCACCCAGCAUACCUCUAACUACUAACUGCACUUCUCAGAAAGUUAUGCUGAGGUAGACAGACUGCCAAUUUGCCUGGAUGAGCACCUUGUUUGUGUGCAUUGAAACUGUAACAUUGCAGUCAUUUCAGCAAACAUCCGUGUUCCAACUGUGGUUGUUGGCAGGAGGAUCUAAACACUUUAAGGACAAAGUUAUAGUACAGUUACAUUCAAGGGGAUUUUUACGCCACACACACACAGUUACAAUUAAGUGUGUGUGUGUAUGUAUCAAUAAAAUUAUUUGAGAGAACAGUUCUUUUAGGGAUGGUGUUUUAUGACAGCUAUAAAUAACACAAAUCAUUUCCCCACAAUUUUGAUAUGGUUGAACAGUUACAACAGACAUACAAUAUCUCAAUGCUACAUAAGGGUAACGGCCAUUCAUAGAGACUUUUAUGACAAGAACAUUAGAGGACACUGUGGUUCGUGAGACUGCACAGUGACAAGCCAACAAACAAACCUUUACAACAUAAUGAGCCAUACAAUGUGGGGGGAGGUGGCAGAGGCAUCACAAUUCACCAUCAGAACUUAAGAGAUGCAGUGGAGCUCAACCCGAACGGACUUGAAGGGCCACGGUUAGGAGUCGUGAGCUCUCCUCCACAACACCUGGGCUGGGCUUCACCAUCAGAACUUAAGAGAUGCAGUGGAGCUCAACCCGAACGGACUGAAGGGCCACGGUUAGGAGUCGUGAGCUCUCCUCCACAACACCUGGGCUGGGCUUCACCAUCAGAACUUAAGAGAUGCAGUGGAGCUCAACCCGAACGGACUGAAGGGCCACCGUUAGGAGUCGUGAGCUCUCCUCCACAACACCUGGGCUGGGCUUCACCAUCAGAACUUAAGAGAUGCAGUGGAGCUCAACCCGAACAGACUGAAGGGCCACGGUUAGGAGUCGUGAGCUCUCCUCCACAACACCUGGGCUGGGCUUCACCAUCAGAACUUAAGAGAUGCAGUGGAGCUCAACCCGAACGGACUGAAGGGCCACGGUUAGGAGUCGUGAGCUCUCCUCCACAACACCUGGGCUGGGCUUCACCAUCAGAACUUAAGAGAUGCAGUGGAGCUCAACCCGAACGGACUGAAGGGCCACCGUUAGGAGUCGUGAGCUCUCCUCCACAACACCUGGGCUGGGCUUCACCAUCAGAACUUAAGAUAUGCAGUGGAGCUCAACCCGAACGGACUGAAGGGCCACGGUUAGGAGUCGUGAGCUCUCCUCCACAACACCUGGGCUGGGCUUCACCAGCAUCACUUUGAGCCUGCUGUGGGACAUGGAGCUCAGAGAGACCUCUGGGUCCAACCAUAGCAAGCCCAGUGUAUGAGAGCCCAGAGGUUGGGCAGUGAGCAGGGACAGUUUGGCACUGGUUGGGUGGAUGGGUGGACUGAGUAGACAACACAAGAGUUGAGAGAGAAAGUGGUUAUGAUAAGGAGCAGGGAGAUGCUGAACCCAAAAGAAAAACACCAAACCCCACAGUUCAACAUCUGUAGUAUCAGAUAAAAACUCGGGAAACAGGAUGAGAAUUACAGGGUCUCUGUACAAUAUGUCAGCUGUGUGUAGAAAACAGAUGCAUUCUGUUGAUUCAUUCAAAAAUAUAAUAUAUUUAUACACUAUAUUUAUAUGCAGAUAUUAUUUGUUUGUGCAGAGGCUAAACACUUGUUUGGUAGUAAAAUGUGGACAUUUAUAUAUAUAUUUUUUGUCUUUAAAUAUACUAGCUUGAAUUA